AUGAAGCAGGAAAGGUACGAUAUCCAUUGCGAUAGUCAGAGCGCAUUGGAUUUGAGUAAGAAUGUGAUGUACCACUCUCGCACGAGGCACAUUGAUGUCAGAUAUCAUUGGCUACGUCAAGCAGUGGAAGAACAACAGUUCAAGUUGGAAAAGAUUCACACUGAUGAAAACCCUGCUGACAUGAUGACUAAAGUUAUAACAGGAGGAAAGCUUCAGCUUUGUGCCGAGUUGAUCGGCAUGGAAUGCAUAAUUCUCCCCGCUCGAACACCUUGUUCGCAGGCGAACCUCGAGCAACCUCCAUUCGCCGGCGUCAUCCCCGUCAGCUUUCCAGCAAUCUUGCACACCAUUCGUUUCGUCAAGAGUUCCCCAACUCCGGCAACUUAUCUAUCUCCGUUAGUUGUGUUUCAGAAUUUCUGUUCGACGUUGACGUCCACGCAGCAGAGAGAUUGUGCCGUCGAGAACCAGCAGCCCUCAGUCCUCGCGUUCGAAGGCUUCGAGUCUUGA